AUGGAUCGGGACUACGGACGCUACCGCGAGAGGGACCGCGGCGGACGGGACUACGACCGCGACCGUGGCGGCAGAGAUCACGAUCGAGACCGUGACUUUCGCGGCCACCACGACAGAGACAGCCGAGACAGCCGAGAUGGAGGAGGCAGAGGCCGCGACGGCGAUCGGGAUCGGGACCGAGACCGGGAUGUGGGUUACGGCGGAGAUCGAAACGACUGGAACGACCGCUCUGAUCGCAACGGCCGUAAUGAAUCCGAUCCGCACUUCAAGCGGCGCAGGCUCAACUUCAACCGAUCCGUUCGAGACGACGGUGGCGGUGGCGGCGGCGGCAGCAGCAGCAGAAAUGGCCGUUUCGAUCGGGGACGGCCACCACGAGAUGACUACAGCAGCCGGUCGGCGACACCAAGGGGCGACCGCAACCGGCGCGACGCGACACCCACACAAGAAGAGUUUGGCGCCACGGGCGAGGAAGGUGUCUCGGCCGAGGACGAGAAGGCACUGGACCGCGACUGGUACACGGGCGACGAGUUCGGGCACACCUUUGGCGACGAAGACCACAACCCGUUUGGGUCCUACGACGACACCUCGUGGGCGGACAAGGAACGCCAGGAGCAGCAGAUGCUCGAGAAGAAGACGGGCCGUUUCGACCGCGUGAACCCACGAACACUACAGAAGCAAAAGGAUGUCGACGCCUGGGAGACGAACCGCAUGCUGACGAGCGGCGUUGCGCAGCGGCGGGACAUGGGUGCCGACUUUGGCGACGACGAAGAGGCGACGCGCGUGCACCUGUUGGUGCACAACCUGCGGCCGCCGUUCCUGGACGGCAAGACCAUCUUUACGAAGCAGCUUGAGCCCGUGCCGGCCGUGCGCGACUUCCAGAGCGACAUGGCCGUCUUCAGUCGAAAGGGCAGCAAGGUCGUGCGCGAGCGGCGACAGCAGCGCGAGCGGCAGCGCGCGGCAAAGGACGCGACGAACGCGGCAGGCACGACGCUCGGCAACCUGAUGGGCGUGCGGGGCGACAACGACGACGACAGCGCGCUGCCCCUGGCCGGCGAGGAGGAAGAGGCGAAGAAGAGCAAGUCGGGUGCCCACCCCGACGCCGCCGGCGCAAAGGGAAGCAACAAGUUCGCGGAGCACAUGAAGAAGAACGAGGGCGCCAGCUCGUUCAGCCAGAGCAAGAGCCUGCGCGAGCAGCGCGAGUACCUGCCGGCGUUUGCGGUGCGCGAGGACCUGAUGCGCGUCAUCCGCGACAACCAGGUCAUUAUCGUCGUGGGCGAGACGGGCUCGGGCAAGACGACGCAGCUGACGCAGUUUCUGUACGAAGACGGCUACGGCCACGUGGGCAUGAUCGGGUGCACGCAGCCGCGGCGUGUGGCGGCGAUGAGCGUGGCCAAGCGCGUCAGCGAGGAGAUGGAGGUCAAGCUCGGCAGCACGGUGGGCUACGCGAUCCGCUUCGAGGACUGCACGAGCAAGGACACCGUCAUCAAGUACGUGACGGACGGCGUGCUGCUGCGCGAGUCGCUCAACGAGCCCGACCUCGACCGCUACUCGUGCAUCAUCAUGGACGAGGCGCACGAGCGCGCGCUCAACACGGACGUGCUGCUGGGCCUGUUCAAGAAGAUCCUGCAGCGGCGCCGCGACAUCAAGCUGAUUGUGACGUCCGCCACCAUGAACUCGAAGCGCUUCGCCGACUUCUUUGGCGGCGCGCCCGAGUUUGUCAUCCCCGGCCGCACGUUCCCCGUGGACGUCAUGUUCCACCGCACGCCCGUCGAGGACUACGUCGACCAGGCGGUCCAGCAGGUUCUGGCGAUCCACGUGUCCAUGGGCCCCGGCGACAUUCUCGUCUUCAUGACGGGCCAGGAGGACGUCGAGGUCACGUGCGAGCUGGUGCGCGAGCGCCUCGACACGCUCAAGGACCCGCCCAAGCUGAGCAUCCUGCCCAUGUACAGCCAGAUGCCGGCGGACCUGCAGGCCAAGAUCUUUGACAAGGCCGCGCCGGGCGUGCGCAAGUGCAUCGUGGCCACCAACAUUGCCGAGACCAGCCUGACGGUCGACGGCAUCAUGUACGUCGUGGACCCCGGCUACUCCAAGCUCAAGGUGUACAACCCGCGCAUGGGCAUGGACACGCUGCAGAUCACGCCAAUCUCGCAGGCCAACUCGUCGCAGCGGUCCGGGCGCGCCGGCCGCACAGGGCCCGGCAAGGCGUUCCGCCUGUUUACGGAAAAGGCCUUCAAGGACGAGCUGUACCUGCAGACCAUCCCCGAGAUCCAGCGCACCAACCUCAGCAACACGAUCCUGCUGAUCAAGUCGCUGGGCGUCAAGGACCUGCUCGACUUUGAUUUCAUGGACCCGCCGCCCCAGGACACCAUCACGACGUCGCUGUUCGACCUGUGGGCGCUCGGCUCGCUCGACAACCUGGGCGAGCUGACCAGCCUCGGCCGCAAGAUGAACGCGUUCCCCAUGGACCCGCCGCUGGCCAAGCUGCUCAUCAUGGCCGAGACGUACCGCUGCAGCGAGGAGAUGGUCACGAUCGUGUCGAUGCUGUCGGUGCCCAACGUCUUUUACCGGCCCAAGGAGCGCCAGGAGGAGUCGGAUGCGGCGCGCGAAAAGUUUUUUGUGCCCGAGUCCGACCACCUGACGUACCUGCACGUCUACACCCAGUGGAAGGCCAACGGCUACCUCGACAGCUGGUGCACGCGCCACUUUUUGCACGCCAAGUCGCUGCGCCGCGCCAAGGAGGUCCGCGAGCAGCUCGUCGACAUUAUGAAGAUGCAAAAGAUGCCCAUGACCAGCUGCGGCACCGACUGGGACGUCCUCCGCAAGUGCAUCUGCUCCGGGUACUACCACCAGGCCGCCAAGGUCCGCGGCAUCGGCGAGUACAUCAAUCUGCGCACCAGCGUCACCGUGCAGCUGCACCCGACCAGCGCACUCUACGGACUGGGCUUCCUGCCCGACUACGUCGUCUACCACGAGCUGAUUCUGACGUCCAAGGAAUACAUGUCCACCGUCACCGCCGUCGACCCGCGCUGGCUGGCCGAGCUGGGCGGCGUGUUCUACUCGGUCAAGGAAAAGGGCUACUCGGCGCGCGAGAAGCGCGUCAUCGAGACGGACUUUAACCGGCGCAUGGAGAUCGAGUCGCAGAUGGCGCGCGACAAGCUGCGGCAGGACGAGCAGCGGCGCGCCGAGGCCGAGCGCGAGGCGCGGGCUGUGCAGCAGAGCGCCGACGCUGGCAGCGGCACCAUCAUCGGCGGCGGCAGCGGUGCCCAUAGCGGCGCCGGUGGUGCGGCGGCCAAGAAGAUUGUCGUGCACGGCGCUGUGCGCAAACCUGUGGCGAAAAAGCGCGGACGCGGUUUCUAG